GAGGGAGAGAUCCUAGAGAGCGAAUAUUUCGAAACAGUCAAGUGCUCUUGCGCUUUCUCCAAAACAGAAGACAGGAUAAACAUCUUAAUGUAGGUGGAGCUGAGCCGAGACCGCAACCCUUUGAUGAGAAAGUUACGCGUUUAACCUACUAGAGUGCGCAAUUCUCACACACUUCCUCGCAUGAAGAACCGAACCGUCACUUCCAGCCACCCGAGGACCAGCUUCUCCACGCGCGCGCGCGCCGUGCGGCCAAACCGUGGCGAUCGCCCCCCCACUUCCUCCCCGUUUCUUCAAGUUUUCCUCCGCCGCAUCCGCGCGCAACUCGCCGCCGGAAAGCCCGAAGACACCCCCAGAGCCGCGCUCGCCUCAGCAUGCGUUUGGCGCACGGAGCGCACUCCUGGCGAGCUCUUCGUCGUCGGGCGCAGGGAUGAUGUUCAACUCGUCGGGCUCGGCGGAUUCUCUCGUUCGCUCACCCGAGGCGGCGGCGGAAGUUCUCAAUGGUUCCUCACACUUGUUCUACAACAUCUCGAUGGCCAUGUGGAACAAAUCCUGCGGGGAACAGUUGCUCGAUUUCACCACGGCGGAGAAGAUUGUCAUCGGAAUGAUGCUGGCCGUCAUCACCACCGUGACGGUGAUUGGAAAUAUGCUGGUGGUGAUCGCGGUGUGCGUCGUGAAGAAGCUCAGACAGCCGUCCAACUAUCUGCUGGUGUCUCUGGCCGUGGCGGACCUCUCCGUGGCUAUCGUGGUCAUGCCUUUCGUGAUCGUGACGGACCUCACGGGAGGAAAGUGGCUUUUUGGAGAGGUCUUCUGUAACAUCUUCAUCGGCAUGGAUGUGAUGUGCUGCACUGCCUCCAUCAUGACGCUGUGCGUGAUCAGUGUGGACAGGUAUCUUGGCAUCACCCGCGCGUUGACCUACCCUGCUCGACAAAACGGCCAGCUGAUGGCGAAGAUGAUCUUUGGUGUGUGGCUCGUGUCCGCCUCCAUCACCCUGCCGCCGUUCUGCGGCUGGGCGAAGAACGUGAACACGGCCGGCGUUUGUCUAAUCAGCCAGGACUUCAGCUACACCAUCUACUCCACCGCCGUGGCCUUCUACAUCCCCAUGAUCGUCAUGCUCUUCAUGUACUACAAGAUCUUCAAGGCCGCCAGAAAAAGCGGCGCCAAGCAUCGCUUCACCGACUUCUCCCGUCGGGAUCGUCUGGAGACCGUCGCCAGCGAGGCUCUCCGAAUGCAAGGCCUAAAACCCCAACAUACGCCUGGCGUAGCCGAGGAGUGCGCCGCUCUUUCUCGGCUGCUCAGCCGCGAGCGACAGAAUAUCUCCAUCUUUAAGCGAGAGCAGAAAGCAGCUACGACGCUGGGCGUGAUCGUCGGGGUUUUCGGUAUUUGUUGGCUGCCGUUUUUCAUUCUGUCAACAGCGAGACCAUUUAUAUGCGGGGUCAAGUGUAGUUGCAUACCAAUAUGGCUGGAGAGGACGCUGCUGUGGUUUGGAUAUGCCAACUCGCUAAUGAACCCCUUCAUAUACGCUUUCUUCAACCGGGACCUGCGCUCCACGUACAGAGACCUGCUCCGCUGCAGGUACCGGAACAUAAACCGCCGGCUGUCGGCUGUAGGUGUGCAUGAAGCACUGAAGGUUUAAAAGCACACACUUCAGAAAGGACUGAAUCACUGUCAGUGGAGGAAGACUUUGAAGCAGAACCGUGUGCACUGAUACGUCCACUUAUGGGAUUUUUGCAGCGACGGUGUGAACAAAAGACGGAAUCAGAGCCAUGUACUUAUUCAGAACACUCAUAUUUCCAUUGAGAUGUUUGAUCGCUAGUCAUUUCGUUAUUUGUAGCCUAUACUGUAUUACACCUGAUUUCAGUGGGCUUUAAGAUCUUCUACAAUAUUCAGUUGAUUUUUGAGACAUGCGAGUAAAGGUUUGACUCAUUUGAAAAUUAUUAUUAUUAUCAU